AUGGCGCCCUCUCUACUGGGGCCUCAAGGCCACCUGUCACCAGCCGAAGCUCUCCAGCUUGCGCAACAAGCACCUGAAAUCCUCCGGAAUAACCCAAAGGCCAUUUCCUCGUCGCCGCUCGUAUCGCUUUUCACAGCCUCGGAAACUGCAGAUCUGUGGACCAUUUACACGAACCUUCUGGUAGCUUGUCUGCGGACGAAGAACGACCAGUCAGCGCAUGAGUGCUUGGACAGGCUUGUGCUUCGGUUUGGCGAGAAGAAUGAGCAAAUCAUGGCGCUCCAGGGGCUUGUGAAGGAAGCCGAAGCAGAGAGCAGAGAUCAGCUGCAGGCCGUACUGGGAGAAUACGACAGCAUUCUUAAGGAGAACUCAUCCAACAUUCCCAUCGCAAAACGAAAGGUCGCAUUGCUCCGCUCGAUGGGAAGUAUCCCGGAAGCGAUCACGUCUCUGACAGCCCUGCUCGAUUUUACCCCAACCGACGCCGAGGGAUGGGCCGAGUUGUCAGACUUGUACCUCACACAAGGGCUCUACUCACAGGCUAUUUUCUCUUUGGAGGAAGUGCUCGUUCUAGUUCCAAAUGCCUGGAAUGUACAUGCAAGGCUGGGUGAGAUCCUACUCAUGGCAGCCAACUCAGAGACCGAGUCCUCUACUAGGCACCUUGCCGAGGCCUUGAAGCGGUUCUGCCGUAGCAUCGAGCUGUGCGAUGACUAUCUACGAGGAUAUUACGGACUGAAGAAGGUGACCGACCAAGUACUGAGCCAAGCUGGGAAGAGCAAGAAGCAAGACGCUGAUGAGCCGAAACUUCCCGACCAAAAGCAAGUUGAAAAGCUAAACCAAGUAGCAACAGCGAAGUUGGGAGAGAUUGUACGGAGAUAUAAUGCGAAGGAGAAGCUCUGGCAGGGCUAUGAUGCCGACGAGAUCGCCGCAGCGAAAACUCUACUUGAGGCGUCGGCACCUCAAUUAGUGCGAUGA